AUGUCAAAUCCAGAAGAAGAAGAAGCCAAAAAAGCGGAAGAUCCGGGUGAAGUUCUUAAUCCACCCUCAUUAGCAGUGUACUACGAUUGUUUUAUCGAUCGAGGGUACAUAGCUAUUGAAUGGGGUAAACGUAGCAAUUUAACUCCCGUAGCAUAUAUGUUAUUUGGUCUACGUGCAAAAGAAAAACUUGAAUCAACGUGGAAAAUAUCAUAUGAUCAAAUUGAAAAAAUCAAAAAUGAAAUCGGUGAUCAAUCUUCAGAUCAAACUCUUCUUGAAAAAGCACUUGCAUAUAUACCGGAUGAUCCAGUGUUUAAUACAGUUUACACUGAUUCAGAUUUACCUUCGUAA